CCCAUAACUUCCAAACAAACUGAAUAAUAACAUGGACAAACACACUAUAUCAGUGAUAAGAGAGAAAGAGAAGAGUCGUGUUCCUGUGGAGGAGCUGCCGUCUUGCUGUGCUGUGUGUCAGGAGGUUCUGAAGGAUCCAGUCUCUAGCAGCUGUGGACACUGGUUCUGCAGACAGUGCAUCACCUCAUACUGGGACCAGUCUGGACCAUCAGGAGACUCUUCCUGUCCUCAGUGUGUGAAACAAUCCAGGACCAGAACUGGACUGCAGACGGGCCGUCAGACCAGCACCGUUCAAACAGAUGCUGCUUUGCAGGAGGCUUUAGAUGAACACAAGCUCAGUCUGAGGAGCAGAUGUGAACGUGUGACUGAAGGUGAAACAGGAAGUGGAGUCCUCCUCACCAGCAUCUACACUGAGCUCUACAUCACAGAGGGACAGAGUGAAGAGGUGAACACCCAACAUGAGGUGAGGCAGUUGGAGACAGCUUCCAAGAAGAAGACCCUCCAUGAGGCUCCCAUCAAGGUCCACAACAUCUUUAAAGCCUCCUCUGACCCACACAGACCCAUCAGACUGGUUCUGACCAACGGCGUCGCUGGCGUUGGAAAAACCUUCUCGGUGCAGAAGUUCACUCUGGACUGGGCCGAGGGCCGGGAAAACCCAGACCUCAGUGUUCUGGUUCUGCUGUCGUUCAGGGAGCUGAACCUGAUCAGAGAUCAGCGGCACAGUCUUCUCACGCUGCUCCAUAUUUUCCAUCCAAAGCUCCAGAAGGUCCCAGCAGAGCAGCUCGCUGUCCUGAAGCUUCUGUUCAUCUUUGACGGCCUCGAUGAAAGCAGACUUUCACUGGACUUCAGCCGCAGGAAGGUUGUGUCUGACGUCACACACAAGUCAUCGGUCAACGUGCUGCUGACCAACCUCAUCCAGGGGAACCUGCUUCCCUCGGCUCUGGUCUGGAUCACUUCCCGACCCGCAGCGACCCAUCAGAUCCCUCCUACAUGUGUGGACAGGGUCACAGAAGUACGAGGCUUCACCGACGCCCAGAAGGACGAGUACUUCAGGAGGAGAUUCAGCCACGAGCAGCUGUCCAGCAGAAUCAUCUCACACGUCAGGACGUACAGGAGCCUCCACAUCAUGUGUCAGAUCCCAGUGUUCUGCUGGAUCACUGCUACGGUUCUGGAGCACAUGUUGACUACAGAGCAGAGAGGAGAGCUGCCCAAGACCCUGACAGACCUGUACUCACACUUCCUGCUGGUCCUGACCAAGAGGAAGAGGAACAAGUACCAUGAGGGACAUGAGACCAGUCCACAGGAGCUGACGGAGGCUGACAGGGAAGUUCUCCUGAAGCUGGGGAGGCUGGCGUUCAAACAUCUGGAGGAAGGAACCAUCAUGUUUUACCAAGAAGACCUGGAGCAGUGUGGUCUAGACGUCACAGAGGCCUUGGUUCACUCAGGAGUCUGUACAGAGAUCUUCAGGAGAGAGAGUGUGAUCUUCCACAAAACAGUCUACUGCUUUGUUCAUCUGAGCAUUCAGGAGUUUCUGGCUGCUGUUUACUUGAUGCACUGUUGCACCAAUGGGAAGAGGGAGGAACUGGAGAACUUCCAAGAAGAAGAAGAAGGAGAAGAAGAAUCCAAACACAGAGGAUCAAUCUUUACCACGAUCAAACAGUUGUUUGUAUGUAAAACAAAUCACAUUUCAAAACAAUCAACAACAACAAUCAAAUCAAAACACAGUGAUGAGCUUCAUCCUAAAAGUCCCUCAUCUCUGGAUGAGUUCUUGUGUAGAACCAUGUUUAAAUCCCUCCAGAGUCCAAGUGGCCACCUGGACCUGUUUGUUCGCUUCCUUCAUGGCCUCUGUCUGGAGUCCAACCAGAGAAUCUUAGAGGGUUUGCUGGGUCACACAGAGACCAGUCUAGGAACCAUCCAGACAAUCAUCAACAACCUGAAGGAGAUGAACAGUUUUAAAAUCUCUCCAGACAGAAGCAUCAACAUCUUCCACUGUCUGAUGGAGAUGAACGACCACUCAGUCCAUCAGCAGAUCCAAGAGUUCCUGAAGUCAAAGAACAGAUCAGAGAAGGAACUCUCUCUGAUCCAGUGCUCAGCUCUGGCCUACAUGCUGCAGAUGUCAGAGGAGGUUCUGGAUGAGUUGGACCUGAACCAGUACAACACAUCACUGGAGGGACGACGGAGACUGAUUCCAGCUGUGAGGAACUGCAGAACGGCUCACUAAGUCCAACGUUAAUGU